UGUUCUGUACAUAAAAAAUAAUAAAAAUAUUAAUUAGUACCAAUCAAAGAUCUUAAAUCUUAAAAAAGCUUUAAAAAUAGUUUUUAUAAAAUGUCUGCUUAAAACUCCCACCACUCAUCGCCUAAAAACGAUUACGAGAAUAUAGGAUAGUAAAAUGACCAUGUGAUCAAUUACAGAAAUGAUUCUCAUUAAUAAGAACUAGCCGAAUUAAAUGGACACACAGAUAACACACCUGGCCAUAAUAAUAUUCAUGAAUAGCAAAGAUAAUUGAAUAUCCCUCUUGGAUAGCACAAUCAUUUAACCGAACCUGUUGAAUAGCUUAUUAACUAAUAAAUUCCAUCUGAAGAUUUAUAGCCUAACAACCUUUACGUUGGAAAUCCUCUGCUUGAUUCUUAAUAUCAAAAUCCUCCUCCUAAUCCUCUCGCUAAUGCUCCAGGUAAUGCUGGAUUAUAUAAUUCUCAAGCACACCAAAUUACAUUCGCAGGUGUUCCUUCUGCUGCUCCUCUUGUUCUCUAGAGCAGAACAAUUAUAAGCCCUGCCAAGCUAUCUAGCAGCCAAGCCUUUUUGUAACGUGGUGCUUUGUUAUCACCUGGAGCUCUUGCAAAAAGUAAGAAAUUAGAGACCUAAGUAAAGUAUGAGCCAUACGAAAAAACAGUUAUUUAGUACGAAGAAGUAGAAAAGACAAUAAUCGAAUACUAACCUGUAGAGAAGAAAAUCAAAGUAAAAAUUCCAGUAGAAAAAAAAGUGACUGACUAUAGAAAAUGCGAAUAUUUAGUACCAGCUAACUAGGAAGAAGAUGAGGAAUAAACAUAGUCAUAGGGACAUAAUAUUUAAGCAGGUUACCCUGUUUAUUCAAGAUUAUUGAGCUCAUCUAAAAGAACUUAUACAUCUCCUGUUGUUCCUCUUUAAUCUCGCUUGCUCACAUCAACUAUCAACUUUAAACCAGUUAAUACUUUAGGAUAGAGCACAGUCCUUCUCUAAAGCUAAGUUGUUAGAAGCCCAGUUGUACUUUAAUAACAAUAAUAAUAAGUUAGAUUAAACUCAACUGUUUCUAAUGUAGUUUCUCCUAAGGCAGCUGCAGUUACUGCUUCAAAAGGAGUCACUCCUAAGAACGUCAGUGGAGCAGUUUCCCCUAAAGGAGCUUAAUAAUUCUUUGCUGCCUAGUCUAAAAGUUAACAAAUAAAAUAAGUCAGUGUGCCCUUGCAAUAAUCAGUAUCAUAUAGUACAUCUCUUGUGAGAACCCAACCAAUUUUGGCUAGAUAUGCUCCAGUUAGUGUUAUUUCUCACUAAUCUACUUUAUCAGGAAGUACCUAUUAAAAACCUUCUUGGGGUUAUUUUAAUGAUAGAAUUAUUAACAAUUCUAAAAUUAUAAGGUAACCUACCCAUCCCUACUUCAGAGUUAACUGA